CCCCACCUCAUCCCUCUCAAAGAAUCACUACACGCACAUGCAUGUAAUGCCUCUGUUUAUAUAUACCAUCGAUAGCUCAUAGAGGUAACAGUCUUAUAAUAAUAUUGCCUCUUCAACUUUCACACACAUCUUUGUGGUUUUCACUCAAGUUUCUCUGAUCUAUUUGAAGAAAUCAAUCAUCAUAUCCUCUACUUAGUUUUUCUUUUCAUACUCUGUAUCGAACUGUUACAAGUAACUAAAGAUGAGUAGUGGUGGAAGAGGCAACAAUAGUCCAGAGCUUGAUUUGAAGCUGAACCUGUCCCCGCCGCUUGUUCUUAACCAAGAAAUUGAUCAGUCAACAAACGAGAUCAAGGCUUCUUCGUGGAGAACGUCACCGGAGAGCUCGUGUUUGGCGUCGGAGAUGGAAGAUGCAGUGAACCACUUGAGCAGCUGCCCGGAAGAGGCAAGUUCAAUGGUGUUGGUGGGAUGUCGUCGGUGUCUAAUAUAUGUCAUGUUGUCCGAGGUAGAUCCCAAGUGCCCCAGAUGCCAGAGCUCUGUUUUGCUUCACCUUUUUAAUUCCCAUGAAAACCAGACCAACAAGACGAGAAGAAACCCAAUAAAUUUGUAGAGUUUAUGUAUGUUUUCAUGGAGUCUCAAGCAUAUACAGGCCUCCUAUAUUAAUAUGAUAAGCUUUGACUAACAUUGAAGGGCUUUGGAAAAUUGUUUUUUUGUUCAAUAAAGUUCUUGUUUUUACGGGCCCUUACACUUA